AUGGCAACGCCGACUCCCUCUCGAUCGAUAUCGACACCGAAACCGCAUCUGCCAAACACUCCAAGUCGGAUGAUGGCAUCUCCGCGCCCAGGCACCGCUGCAGGAAAGACACUCGCCCACAAAUCGCCUGCGACCGCAACAAAGACCCCCGCCUCUACACACAGUCAUAUUCAUGGCCUCGGUGUUGCGUCGCAACCGUCCUCAACUCCGCUAGCUGCUGCCGCGAUUCAUGACGAGCUCCUAAACCUCAACUCGCCCGCAGCUGCGCUUAUUAAUGCUAUUGCGCAAAACGGGUUGACGCCACUAGGAAAUGGGGCAGAAGGACUGGGCAUUUCAGCGCAAGGAGGAGUCGGUACCGGAAGAGAUGGACAAUCGACUCGAGCGCCCGCAGAAGAACGAAUUCAGCGCCUCCAACAGGCGAUCGAUAGUCUCAGGUCGAAAGUCGUUGGCCGCGGUAUUACUAGAGACGGUAUCGAAAGAGUUGCACGUCUGCAUGGGUUUGAAGCACUCUGGGAUGAAGAUAACCUCGUCAUCGCUGGAAAUGUAGUGGAAAUUGAGAUCACUUUCGAUUCCGUCCUGAGAGAUAAUGUGAAAGAUCUGUCCUUGAAAUUCAACUACAACGAGGAGCAGCAUGUGCAGAAAGAAGGCACAGCCAUCUUGAAGGCGCAGUCUGGAGUUCGGACUGCAGAGGACAUUGGGCAGGCAAAAGAUCUGAGUGAUUUUGCCGACAACAUACAGUACCUCGCACAGCUGGAUCCUAUUGACGUCAAGCCGAAUCCAUUUCAACUGGUCAGCAAUCUAUAUCAGUCAUUUCAGGAUAUCUGGAAGGAAGAGAAGAGGCGCAUGCACUGGCGAAGUCGCCUACAGCACCUGCGCAAGGGCGCUUUAGGUAUUUCAAACAUGGACCAUGCACCGGAGCUGGGCCUCACGCUAGGCUUCUGGCAUGAACCUGGAGCUGCGAGUGAUGCUGGCGAAGAUGAGACCAGCGAUAGUCCACCAAGUCUUGGAUCAGAGGAAGGGUUGUGGAAGGGCAAGAUUAGCUGCGAAGCUGGGUUACCCAGUCUGUACCUCUCUAAAGAUUGGAUAGGGUCAAAGAUCUUGACAGAGGGACAGGCAGGCCAGAAUGUUCUUGAUGCGAGUGACACCAGCUACCGGCCGGAUUGGACAGAAUUUACAAACGGGCUGGCAAUCAAGUCGGGCGAGAAGGAAGACACAGACAUGGAGACUGAGAAGCCUCAGGACGCAAUGCCACAAUCACUAAAUGUGCACUUCACCUUCAACCUACGACCAGAAGUCCUGUUACCUUUGGCAGUGAUGAGCAGACUGAACAGCGAGAUCAGCAUGGUCGACAUUGAUCCUCAGAAAGCCUCAACGUACCAUCGAGUAUUGCAGAGGGCGAGGAGCAGGAAAUUGGGCCGAUCAGAAGAGGCCGAAGUUGACACAAGAUGGAGCCGAAACCUUGCUUGUAUCGACAGUCAAGGACAAUUGUCCUAUCAGGGACAUUCCUACAAGCUGUACUCGGCCGCUCCCGACAGCGAAUUGUGGUGCUACCCGAUCUCGAAGCUCAGAUUCAAUCAUCCUCGACAGAUCGCCGAGAUACUCCCUCUUCUCCGACAGCAUGUGGUUGUCUGGUCAAUGCUCGAGAAGUUGGUAACCCAACCAGCCGCCACAACAAAGGUACCUGAGCGCCCAAAAGUGGAAGACGGUAAACGAGUGUUCAAACGCAGCAAUAAGGUACCAGCUGGUGGAAACGCGAAUGGAGGUUCCGACUCUACGAGCCUCAACAUUGAUAUCAUGUUGGAUGUGCUCUCAGACCCGUCUAAGGUUCGCUUGGAGCUUUUUGCUCCUCUCAAGAGAAGCGGUGGCCAUAAGAUCAGGGAAUUGAUGUUGCACGUAUCGAUCUUAGUCAAGGCUGGUGGCGUCGUCGAAGUCACGAACUUGGAUGGGUUCGACAAUGGCGACCUGCCAGGCCUCCGGACUAAGUUGAGCAAGAUGCUUACUGCGACUGUAGACAUUGGGAUGGUCCUGCACUGGUUGCUGGACAAAGCUACGACAUCGUCAUAG